AUGGAGGUAGAUGAGUUCAACGUUGACUCUAACUUGCUGCCCUCUGGAUUGAGUAUAAGCAGCUCAAUCUUCAACUACAGAGUUGAGAACGGGAGGACAUAUCACCGGUAUAAGGAUGGAAAAUACAACAUCCCAAAUGACCUCGCAGAGCAGGAGAGAUUAGAUCUUCAACACAACAUCUUCCUGCUCACUUUCGACGACAAGCUCGGCUUCGCCCCGCCGUGUCAAAAGGGCGCCGAGGUCGGUAGAGUCUUAGACGUCGGAACCGGGACGGGGAUCUGGGCCGUCGACUUUGGUGACGAACACCCAGAGGCGGAAGUUCUGGGCAUUGAUCUCUCUCCUUGUCGAACUACUUCCGUUCCCCCGAAUGUCGACUUCGAGGUCGGCGAUAUCGAAGAUGAGUGGAUUUUUGACGACGAUUUCGACUACAUCCACAGUCGGAUGAUGACCUCGAGCAUCGCAGACUGGAAAGACUAUCUCCAAAGAUGUUAUGAAAACCUCACCCCGGGGGGCUACCUUGAGCUCCAAGAAUCCGACAUCAUGCCAUCGUCUGACGACGGUACCCUCGAGCGAUCCACGUCCGCGCUCGCAAAGUACUGUGCCCUCCUUCUCGAGGCAUCCGUGAAGCUAGGUCGGGGGUACCAAGAUAUCCCAAAGCUUGUCGACUUAAUGCGUAACGAAAUUGGCUUCGUCGAUGUCGAGAUCAAGAGGUACAAGUGGCCCGUGAAUGCGUGGCCCCGCGACAAAAGACUCCAGGAGCUGGGGUUGUGGAACGGUGAGAAUCUCUUGGCGGGCCUGGAGGCGUUUGCCAUGGCGCCGUUUACGCGGGCGCAUAGUUGGACGCGAGUCGAAGUCGAGACCUUCCUCGUCGACGUGAGGAGGGAGGCUAGGGACCAAAGCAUCCAUGCUUAUUGGAAUAUCUACUCCAUCGUUGGAAGAAAGCCGCUACGUCAAGGUGGGGGUGGUGAUCCGGAGCCGAAAUUGGAAUGA